GACACCCAAGGUGCAAUCAGGCUUGUUCUUCGCGGUUUGGAGCGUGUGGAGAGGGAGAAAGCACUUCUUUUGCAUCAUCGAACCUGGGCAAGAUGGAUGAUGUCACAUUUGACCUUGAAAUUCAUGUUGGGGGAUGUUUUGUGGAGGAGCCAACCAUACAAUAUGUGGGUGGGUCUGUACGUUUACUGACAGAGAUUGACCCUGACAAGUUGAGUUACUUUGAAAUUAGGGAUUUAUGCCAUCUAGUUGGUGCUCCUAAGGAACACAGUAGAUAUAAGUAUUUAAUUCCUGAUGGUGAUCUACAGCAUGAUUUAAGAGACAUAGAAACAGAUACAGAUGUCGUAAACAUGACUAACCUUCAUAAGGCAUGGUAUGCUGAAAAAAUCAUAAUCUAUACUGACAUAGAUGUGGAGCCAUUGGCAGUUGAGUAUCCUGAUGCAGGGGGAGUGGCAGAUGGUGGCGUAGGUGGUGAUGCAAGGGGAGUGGCAGGGGGAGUGGCAGGUGGUGUAGGUGGUGAUGCAGGGGGAGUGGCAGAUGGUGUAGGUGGUCAUGCAGGUGGUGAUGUAAGUGGUGAUGCAGCAAGGGUUGAAAUAGAAUUGGAUAGUGAUGAUGAUGAAGAUGAUGAGAAUGAUGAUGAGAGUGAUGAUGAAGAAGAUGUUGAGGAUGUUGACAUUGAUGCAAGAGAUGAAGAACAGAAUGUUGAAGGAGAUGAUGAUGAUGAUGAUGAUGAUGAUGAUGAUUGGCUAAAUGAAGGCCUAGAGGGGGAUGGCUUUGGUGAUGAUGUAUUUGCUGCUCAAAAAUCAGCUCCACAAGGUUCUGCUCCCAAUACAAACCCAGAAUCAAGCAAUGCACCCCACACAGCCCCAGAAUCAAGCAAUGCACCCCACACAGACCCUGAGUGGGCUGAGCCAGCCCUUGAGGAUGACCUGGUAAGCAUGGAUGGGUCUGAUGAUGAGCAGGAACCUGAGCAAGUGGAGUUUAAUGCUAAGAGUGACAUGAGAAAUGUUGUACUGAAGAAGGAGAUGAAGUUCCCUAAUGCAAAGGUGUUCAGAGCUGCUUUGAGGGAGUAUGCAAUCAAAAAACCUGUUGACAUCAAAUUCAAGCUGAAUGAGAAGACCAAGAUAUCAGUUCACUGCAAGAAUGGGUGUGGGUGGAGAUGUUAUGCAUCUCAAAUAAGUGGAGAGCUAACAUUUCAAAUUAAGACCUUGACUGAUGAGUGUACUUGUCCCAAGUCUUUCAAAAACAGCCAAGCAACAUCAGCUUAUGUUGCUAAGAGGUUCGUUGAGGAUUUUAGCAAAAAUCCAAAUUGGGAGGUGAGUGGUGUACACAACCAUGUGAUGCAAAAUUUAUUUGUUGACCUAAGUGUAAACCAAGUGUAUAGGUCAAAGAGAAAGGCAAAGGAUUUGAUAAAUGGAGAUGAGCAACUGCAAUAUGGUGUCCUUAGGGACUAUGCACAAAUGAUAACCACUGUAGACAAGGGGAGUAGGGUUAUAUUGCAGACAGAAAUGGCUGAGGAGACUUCCCAGCCAAAAUUUAAGAGGAUGUAUGUUAGGUUCAAUGCUCAGAAGGUAGGAUUUUUAGGUGGAUGCAGGCCAUUUAUAGGUUUAGAUGGUUGUCACAUAAAGCACAGAUUUGGUGGGCAAAUCUUAUCUGCCACUGCCAAGGAUGCAAAUGACAACAUUUUUCCAGUAGCCAUGGCUGUUGUGGAACAAGAAACCAGGGAGUCUUGGAUAUGGUUUUUGGAAAUUUUUGCUGAUGAUAUAGGGAGGCCAGAGGAGCUUCAGUUGGUCUUCAUUUCUGAUAGGCAAAAGGGGCUUAUACCUGCAAUAGAGACACUAUUCCCUACCGUGGAGCAUAGAUACUGUGUGAAACACAUCUACAACAAUUUCAAAGUUGAUCACAAGGGAUUGGAGCUGAAGGAUGCAUUGUGGAGGUGUGCUGCUGCCACAACAGCAAGGGAGUUUGAGAGAUGCAUGCAGUACAUAAGGGAUUUGGAUGAAAAGGCAUAUGAGUAUCUUGCAAACAUUGCACCUGCACAGUGGACAAGGUCACACUUCACUCAUAGGGCCUUAACAGAUUGUUUGGUAAAUAAUUUGAGUGAGUCUUUUAAUGCAAUGAUAUUGAAGUCUAGGGACAAGCCUAUCUUGGCAAUGUUGGAGUGGAUUAGGGUUAGACUUAUGACUAGGCUUUACACAAAAAGGGAAGGGAUACAGAAGUAUGCUGGAAAGUUGUGUCCAAGCAUACAAGAUAGGUUGGAGAAAUUGAAGGUUGAAAGUAAGGCAUUUAGUGCUACCCCAGCUGGUAGUUUCCUUUAUGAGGUAGGCAGUCAGUAUGAGAGGCAUGUAGUUGAUUUGGUGAAGAAGACAUGUAGUUGUAGGUCUUGGGAUUUAAAUGGCAUUCCCUGCAAACAUGCCAUAACAGCCAUUUAUACAAACAUUGAGACACCAGAAGACUAUACCCACCCAUGCUACUUCAAAGAAACUUACAUGGAGAUAUACAAGGAGGUACUUCCUCCCAUGCCUGGCCAGUCAGAAUGGGCUGAGACUGGACAGCCUGCUCCCCUGGCACCUCACAUAUACAAACCACCAGGCAGACCACCCAAGCAAAGAAAGAGGGCUUCUGAUGAGCCUAGGAACCCUUACAAAGCAAGUAGACAGAAUAGACCUGUAAGAUGUGGGAAAUGCAAAAAGGAAGGGCAUAACUCAAGAGGGUGCAAGGCUGGCAUCACUGGGGAGACACCAUGGCAGAGGAGACAGAGACUUCAAAGAGAAAAAGCUGCAAGGGAAGGGGUGCCUGCACCUAGAUCUGCACCUCAGCCUGCACCUCAGCCUGCACCUCAGCCACCAUCCCAGCAGCCUACACAGACCUACAACAUGAUGUCUGCCACUCAGCCUUCAUCCUCACAGCAAGGAAAUCAACCUAGGCCAUCUCACAAGAGAGCAGGAUGGUUCUCUUCCUCGCAACCAGAGUUUCACACACCUAGGGAGACCUGGGAUACCUUACCAAGUUCUUCACAGCCUUCACAUGCAAGUGGAAGCACUGGUGGUGUGAGGACUAGAGGACAGCUUGCUGCACAAAGGCCACCAAAAAUGAAUCUAGUGGGUGGAAAGAGGAAAAAGUAAAGGCAAGAAAUGAAUGAAGCUAGUGGGUACGCAUGCCAGCAUUGGAAGUAAACCUAGUGGGAACAUGUGGGCCUUUUUGGUUUUUUUUUUUUUGUGAAGACCACUGUUGGCCUUUUGUAAUUAUCAAUUAGUGUAAAAAACAGUCACUGCUGGCCUUGGAAUGUGCUUUUUUGUAAUUAAGGUACAAUAUGGAAGUUGUGAUAUUACAGUUUGUAUGGAACAAUAUUUGUCCAAACUAGAUUAUAUGGAAGUUUAUUUAUUG